AUGGCCGCUGGACUUAAGACCAUCAUCGCGCUCUCGUUUGUGCUCGCGAUUGGUUUCCUACUCGUUAUUCUCUCCUCCGCUCUCUGGCACAAGUACUGGCCCCUGUUGGUCGUUGCCAUCUAUAUCGUUGCGCCGCUCCCCAAUUGGAUCUGUGGACGAUGUGCGAACCCAGAUGAUUUCAUGGACAGCUCCAGUAACUCGGCUAUGGACUUUGGACGGUUCAUGACUGGGUUCCUGGUUCUGACUGGUAUCGCACUCCCCGUAGUUCUGGCACACAGCGGAGCCAUCGAGCUUCCCGCUAUGAUCAUGUCCAUCUUUGGCGGUCUAUUGAUUUACGGUACUAUCAUCAGCUUCUCGAUGUUUUUCCAGGAGCAGGAAGAGUUCUGA